CCACUCUUCCUCUUUCCUCAUCGUCAUCUCCAUCUCCAUCUUUAUCUCCAAUACUUACAGAGCGAAAACAACACGAGCGCCAAGCAACCAGUAGAGAGAGGAACAAACAACAACUCAAAACCAAAACUCAUAACAACAACUUUCGUUGGUUGAUUAUCAGAGAAGAGUUGUAUUGAGAGAGUAGAGUAGUAGAGUCAGAGAAGUUGUUAGUUUAUUAAAGUGCCUGGUGGUGGGUUUACAUGACCUGGUAGUUGGCAGCCGUGCGUAAAAGAAAUAAAUAAUCAAAGUGACCAUGAAGAGUGACAAAUAAAAGUUGUGUGGAGCAAGAGAAAGAAGAAUGCUGUGUUCUAAGUGAUAGUUGUAUUAUUAAAUAUAUACUCCAUAUACAUACACAUUUACGGUAGAUAUAUGUAUGCAGGUAUAUACACAUGUAUACAUCUACAUCUACAUCUCGAUAUAUUUAAUAAUUGUUAUGUGUACAUUAAGCUUCCAUUAUUAUUAUUAUUUAUAAGUGUUGAAGGGAAUUUUUAAAAAUAAUAAUUGUAAAAUUUAAAAAAAGCGGGGAAAAAAAACAAGGUAAUUUUAUUGAGUGAAAAGUUUGUGGUACGUGGUUGUGCAAAAAGGUGGUGGUGAAGGUGUUGAAAAAAAGGGACAAGAGUAAAACGUGGUCGUGAGUUUUGUUCCUAGACGCGCGAGUUUACGAUUAAUUUACGUCUGUUUAUCUGAUAGCUGGGUGAUGAGGAUGUUUGGGUUGUUGGUGAGGACUUUGGUGGACUGUAGGCUGGAUGAGUGCUGGUGAGCAAACACCUAAGCGGCAUUGGUCAGAUGGUCGGUAAUUUUGACGUGAAGAUUUAGCGGGCAUUGAAAAUGAUCAUCAGUGGCUUGGAUACCGAGUGUUUUGGUUAGCUAACACGAUUAAAUGCAGAUUAAAGGAGUAUUUUGUGAAUUUUACUGCAAAUAUUUAAUUUUGUGGAGAAAAUAAUAAUCGAGGAUGUCAAUUUAGCUGGAUAUUGUAAGGCUAAGACUCAGUAUUUAUAAAUCUCGGAGCGAUCUCCAUUUUUGUUUUUUUUUUUUUUUUUUUUCGUGCUCUUAACCUCAAUGUUGGUUUUGGUUGCGGAUUGUUGAUGGUAGCAACGUUGACGUCAGAUACUGAUAUGAGUAUAAUGAGGAGCUUAAUUUAUAAAUCAGCUGUUGGUGUUUGACAUUUAACGGAGAUAAAAAUAAUCAACCAUGAAAACGGAAAAAAAUAAAGCCAACGAGUCGAGUUGUAUUUCGAGCACCGUCGUCAAAGAGGAACCGGACGGUGACACGGUUAAGAUUAAGGAAGAAACACCUGGUGGAAAUCACGAUGAUUUGCCGGUGGGUGAUGAUACCGUCGAGUGUCCUCGGGAUCCUGGACUGGAUCCCAGUAAUGGGGAUAACAAUAUGCCUGCUGACGGACAAAACGGAACUGGGGGACAGUCGAUGCUAGGCCUGGUCAAGCAGGAGAGUGAUCAUAAUCCCAGUGACGAUAUAUCCAGUGAUGGUAUCCAACCAUUAGUUAGCAAUGUACUUGCUAAACAAAUGGGCAGUGGGACUGGUGGCGAGGCCCAGUACAUGCAACAGCAAAGCCAAAUAUUUGUUUUUUCAACGAUAUUAGCUAACAAAGGUGCUGAGGCUGUUUUACAAGGACAAUUUCCCUCAAUUAUUGCUUAUCAUUGUGCUCAACCUGGAACUAAAAAAUAUCUUGAGAGACAUCCAAAUAAAGUAAAUCAGUUUCGUCAAAAUCCCGCCCAAUGGUUAAAUAAUUUGGCGAUGAUGAAGCAGAAGAGUGGAGGCGGCCACCAGCCACCGCCGAACAGCGGAUUCCCAACGGAACAGCCACCAGACUUGCCAGUACUUGAUCCAAACGCUCCGUCGUUUUGGAAUGACCAGUCCAAUUUAAGAAGCCUCAAUGGUAGCAAUACAAUGGGUAACCCAGAGUCUUCGUUGGAUGAUACAAAUCUAGACGUGCCUUGCCUUGUGCCGAAUUCCCCAGGAAAUCCGGCAAAUAAUCAAAAUCCAAAUACGACGAUGGGUCCGAAUUCAUUGCUGGCUGGAUCAACGAGUCCAGGUCCAGGUGGAUUACAGCCGUCGUUGCAAGGUGUAAAAGUUCCUGAUGAAAAUUUAACGCCACAGCAGAGACAACACCGCGAAAAUCAGCUCGCGACGAUAAGAAAAAUGCAGAUCUUAUUAUUUCGAGAGCAGAAAGAUGAUCCGAGUGGUCAAUUGGAUCCGACACAACAGGGGCCACCUAUGGGGUCUGGUAUUCCUGGAAAUAUGCCACCCGUUAGUACACCUGGUGGUCAGUGUCCGAAUAAUAUGGAUUGGCAUAAAUUACAGCAUCAAUUUUUAGACGGAAAAAAUAAAGGUGGAGUAGGCAGUCCUGGGUCAGUAUCACUGCGUGGGUCGGGUAUGAUGCCUGGUAUGCCUCGAAGUCAAGGGCCCCCGCCACCUUAUCACCAGACAACGCGAUCUGCCAGCGUGCCGAUCGCGACCCAAAGUCCAAAUCCGUCAUCGCCAAACAACCCGACGAGUAAUUUGUCGUUGCCAUCACCGCGAGCAAACUCUGCGCUCAACUCACCUGCUGACUGCAAUCGGCAAUUUCAACUGACGUCUCAGCGGCCCGGACACUUGCCAGGACAGAGUCCGACUAGUCAGGAUUCGCCGAAUCCCGGUUCCCAGUCAGCUACGUCUACCACGAGAUUGAAUCACAGCAAUCCCGGUACUCCGGUAUCACAUUCACAUCUGGCGUCUCUAAGUCCCAGUAAUACGCCGCAAAAAGAAUCGUCUCUUGAUUUUCCUCCUAAUCAACCUAAUGUGGAUAAUAUGUUUGGCCGAACGCUGCAAACUCUAGUCCAACAGAAGCAACAGCACGGUGGAUUAGUGAAUGCAGCUGGAGUUAAAGAAGCCAACUUGAUGCCUGUACCAAGUCCUCAACAGAUUUCAUAUCUCAAUACAUUUGAGGGACAAGAACUUACCAUACAAAAACAGCCUAAUACUAGUUUAAAAGACGGAAAUAUACAAAAUAAUAACAACGUUAACAACACAGACAUGUCUGGAAGACUGGUAUCCAGUAACAUGGACAACAAUAAUCAGUAUCCAGCAAGGUCGGAAGGUUCAAGCCCGUCAAUCGACAGCAUGAAUCGUGGGUUCAGUGCUUCCUUACAUAGUCCUCAUACGCCGCAUACGCCUCACACACCAGGGAACGGCGCACCUCAGACUCCAGUAGAUGUAAAACCUAAUAAAACUUCCGCUAGUGCACAAAGCAGUCCAAUACCGAUGAACCCCAUGUCAGACAGCAUGGGUCCUCCAAGGACGAUACCUGCGUCGCCUAAUACUAAACCUGAAACAUCACCGCCUUCUUCCAAGGAUCUUCAGUCGACUCAGCAGUCGCAACAAACGCAGCAGCCCCAAGUACAACAACAACAACAACAACAACAGCAACAACAACAACAGCAGCAGCAACAACAGCAACAGCAGCAGCAACAACAACAGCAGCAGCAGCAACAACAACAGCAGCAGCAGCAACAACAGCAGCAGCAACAGCAGCAGCAGCAGCAACAACAACAACAACAACAACAACAACAACAACAACAACAGCAGCAACAACAACAGCAACAGCAGCAGCAACAACAAAUGCCGCCACAACAAAUGCAACAACCGCCCACGCAACAACAGCCUGGAUUAAAUCAACAAAAUAAUCCAACGAAUAAUUCAGGGCCACCAAUGGGCAAUCAAAUGAACGCAUUUCCCUGUAGUAGAGCCAAUCAGCCGGAUAAUGUGCCGCUUAAUCCGAACAACAUGGGAGGGCGUCUCGGUGGCAUGAACUCAAUGAACCCUAGCCACUUUGAUCCAAUCACCUCACUGGCGCAAAUGAGUCAGCAGCUAACUAACACUGCGGCGAGUAACGCGCUUGGCAAUGAUGGUGGGCCCAUGCACUCCGGCAACCCAGGAAUGAUGCCAUUCAAUAAUCCCCACAGUAUGCACAUGAUGCAGAUGAGUGGCGGUGAAAUGAACGGAGGAUGUCAUAUGGGUGGCGGUGUAAAUGAGCCCAAUGAUGUCAGUGGUAUGUGUAUGGGCCUAGGAGGUCCUCCUGGUAGUAGUUAUAGUCCGACGACUUCUCAUACCGGUAGUCCAGUUGGACCAAAUAAAAUAACCCACUCUAUGAUGGGCCAUGGUGGUAUGAUGGGACACAAUGGUCCUCCAGGUGGCCCAGGUGGUGGCUAUGGUGGUGACCAACAUGCGCCACCACCUAGACUCAUGGGACAACACCUAGGCGGACCUAGUCCUUACAACGGGGCCAAUAUUCAAGUGAAACCGAGUGCUCCAAACACAAUACAGUACUUACCAGCGAGGCCGAAUGUCGGACACGCGCCACGUGGCCCCCCCAGUCUUGACUUUCUUCCACGAUUUACGAAUCCACUUGGAAAUAUGGACAAUAAAAUGCAACAGUCACCGUCAGUUAAUCUCCAGUACUUCCCGAAUGGUUGUAUGCCAAAUAAUAUGGGUGGGCCACCGCAACCACCGCCUCAGCACUCGGUAGGAAUGCCACCGGGUAGCAUGGGUGGAGGUCUUCCUGGCAUGGGCCCUGGUGGUUUGGGUGGACCCCCUCGUAUGGAUGGCGGACAACCGCAAAUGAAUCCAAACAUGCAUCCGUCUAUGAGGCCGUCAGUGGGCAAUAUGCGCCCGCAACCAAACAUAAUGCGCAUGCAGCACAUGGUCGGUGGUGGUGUCUUCCCUGGCAGCCCAAUGGAUCCCGACAAAGUCUUCCCUCCGGAUAUGGUGCCGCAGUCCCAGGUGCCAAACCAGAAUCCAGGAAUGUAUGGACCCGGCAGCAAAGGAAACCCCAUGGGAUUGGGACCCCCACCUGACGCCUCGCAGCCUCUCCCACCCAGCAUGGGUGGUGGAACGGGUAACUUUAAAAACAGCCCUUUUGUCGGUGGUGGCCCCAGCAUGAACGACCCAAACUACGCGCAACAAUUUCAUAACUUCCAGCAGCAACUUUACGCCACUGGGACGAGAGGCAGUGGUCCGCCUCACCCCAACCUCCAUCCGCCACCAAACUCUCACUCGCACCAGCAGUUUUUCAUGCCUAAAUAAAAUUAAAAGAUGGACAAUGUGUGCUGAUUAAAAAGAAUAAAAAAUAUAAACGCCGAUCGUUCAAGAACUGAUUUAAAUUUUAAAUAUUAAUAAAAAAAAUAAGCGACCGUGUGAACGAAUCGGGCCUUUUUUUAUUAUCAAUAAAAUAAAAUAAUAAAAAUAAAAAUGAUAAUUCCCUCGCUACCACUUUCGCGGUCUCUAAAAUGCAACAACGGUGUUCCGUGCAAUAUAAUAAUAAUUAAUAAUUAUUAAUUAUCAAUAUAUAAUUAUUAUUAAAUAAAAUGUAUUCUUAUUAUUAAUUAUAAUUAUAAUAAUAAUAAUUAUAAUUGUUUUAUUAAUUAGUAUCUCCACGUGGAUGUUCGGCUGCGAUAUAUAAUAAACAUUGUAAAUUCUCUCAUACGUCAUAAAUUAUUGUUAUUAUUCUUACUAUUAUUACUCAAACAAUAAAAAUAAUACUAUUAAUAUUAAUUGGUACAGCUUGGGUGUUAAUUGGUGAUAUAUGUGGGUGGAAUGUUUGUAAUAUUAUAAAUAAUAAUGAUAAUUAUGACGUAGUAUUGUAAAUAUUUGUGUAAAAUCAGGCUUAUCUGUCCGAAUAGUACAUUGUUAAUUGUAUCGCUCGGAAUGCACGUGUCAUUUAUAAUUGUUGUAUGAGAUUUUUAAAAUGCGAAGUGUGGUACUAAGUUGCUAAACAUCUUUACUUAUUAUUAUUAUUAUUAUUAUUGAUAUUAUUAUAAUUAUUAUUGAUACGGUAAUGGAUAUGCUAGUAUGAUAGUAAAGAGAAAUUUAAAACGAUCUCUAAAUAAUUAAAUUUUUUUCGUCAGACUAAAAGAGCCGUCGAGGAUCAGGUGACCCCAUUGACAUGAAAUUAUAAUUAUUAUUAUUAUUACAAAUGUGUCGUUGUUGACAUGAGAAAUAUAUAGAUUAGAUAUAUAUUUAUAAGAAAAUGGCUUAGUUUUAAAUUAAACAAUUGUUUUUUAAAAUUAUUAUUUUAUAAUUUUAAUUAUAAAUUUAAACUACUCGAGGAGGAGAUUAUGAUACAGGCUCAAAAAAAAAAAAUAUUUCGUAAUUGUAUAUAUACGCGAUUAUAUAUAUAAAUAAUCCCAUCCAUAUUAUAUAACUUGGAUAGUUGUCCGUCUCUUUUUAUUUUUAAUCCCAAUUAUUAUUAUUAUUGUUGUUAUUAUUAUUAUUAUUAUUAUUAUUUGGUGAAUUUUUAUUUGCGAUAAUAAACUCAAGUAAAUUUCAUAUUAAAAAUAAUUGAUUGAAGAAAUAAAUAUUAAUAAUAAUUAUAAUGAUUAUUAUUAUUAAUUAAUUAAUUGAUUGAUUAAUUAAUGAAUAAUAAUAAUAAUAAUAACUGACUAAUUAUGUUGUUGAUGAAUGAUUUUUAUUAUAAAUGAAAAAUAAAGAAUAUUUACAAGAUGAAUAAAAAAAAAUGAAAAAAAAAGUAAAAAAAAAAUGACAAGUCGAGUGCAUAGGAGUCACUUUCAGCAAAUGUUAUUGUAUUGAUUGUAGUAAUUUUAGUAGAUGGUGAAAAAAGAUAAUUGUUUUUUUUUCUUCAAUUAUUAAAUGAUCCUACCGCAACACACAAAUUUAUUAAUUAUUAUUAUAAUGUAUUAUAGAGUUCAUUAAAAUGA